AUGGAUAAAAUUCCAUAUGAUGUGCUUGAACAUGCCAUUUCGAGUUUUAUACUGGCAAGAGAUGAAGUUAUUACAAGAAAUCAGGUGAGAGGGAAUCAACGUCCUCAUCACAUACUUAAUUUUGCUUCUAAAAAGGAUGACCUACAAACCAUCACUAUCCACGCUCAGUACUAUCGGGAAUCACUUUGUUUUUACCUUCGGUUAUUACAUAACAAGACACUUCUUGCUGUUGAUCCGGAUCAUCCACAUCACAAGGACUUGACUAAUUCACCACUUCAUUAUGAACGUCAAAGAGCCAAUCACGGUUGGCCAAAUGACACUGGAGACGUCACAAUGGAUUCCAAGCUUACAGCAUCAGCCAAGAAACGCAACUCUAUGAAACGGGCCCAAGCUCGCAUAAGAAAACGCAUUCGAAAUCUAGUGGAUGAGUACACGGAUAUCACGACGUCGACGAGGAAGAAGAUUUAG